AUGGCUAAAAUAAGAUGGAGUUUAUUCUUCAUGUUAAUAUUUGUUCUUGCUUUUGCACCAAUAUUAUGCUUAUCUUGCUUGUAUCCACAAUUUUAUGAUUUGUCAUGCCCUAAAGGAAAAGAAAUUGUCAAGUUUGUUGUUGCUAAGGCAGUAGCCAAAGAAGCACGAAUGGCUGCCUCUUUAUUGAGGCUUCAAUUUCAUGAUUGCUUUGUCAAGGGUUGUGAUGCAUCUUUGCUUCUGGACAGCAGUGGAAAAAUAAUAAGUGAAAAAUUAUCAAAUGCCAAUAGGAAUUCGGCACGUGGAUUUGAUGUAAUUGAUGAAAUUAAAUCUGCACUUGAAAAGGAAUGCCCUCAAACUGUUUCUUGUGCUGAUAUAAUAGCACUUGCUGCAAGGGAUUCUACUGUUUUAGCUGGUGGACCAAGCUGGGAGGUUCCAUUAGGAAGAAGAGACUCAAGAGAUGCUAGCUUAAGUGGCUCCAACAAACAUAUUCCUGCUCCAAACAACACAUUUAAUACUAUUCUCACUAAAUUCAAGUUAAGAGGACUUGAUCUUGUUGACCUUGUUGCUUUAUCUGGGGCCCAUACAAUUGGAAAUUCUAGAUGCACCAGCUUCAAACAAAGACUAUAUGGUCAAUCAAGGAAUUACAGUUUACCAGAUUACACCUUAGAUCAAUUCUAUGCUGCACAAUUGAGGACUAUGUGCCCAAAAUCUGGUGGUGACCAAAACUUAUUUUUCUUGGAUUAUGCCUCACCAACAAAAUUUGAUAACAGCUACUUCAAGAACUUGUUGGUUUUAAGGGGUUUGUUGAAUUCAGAUCAAGUUCUUGUGACACAAAAUAUGGCAUCAUUACAAUUGGUGACAUUGUAUGCUGGAAAUAAUGAGAUUUUCUUCGACCAAUUCGCGAAAUCUAUGGUGAAAAUGGGAAAUAUUUCACCUUUAACGGGAUAUAAAGGAGAGAUCAGGAAGAAUUGCAGGAAAAUAAACUAUUAA